GGAGGUGUGUUCAGUGCGGACGUAGCGUCGGCACCCGGGUGGCCUCAGCGACUGCGGAAACGUGUAGGGCCGAAUCAUCUGUCAUGCUGCUCUUCUGCCCGGGCUGCGGGAAUGGGCUCAUCGUGGAGGAGGGACAGCGCUGCCACCGUUUCGCCUGCAACACUUGCCCCUACGUGCACAACAUCACCCGGAAGGUUACAAAUCGGAAGUAUCCAAAGCUGAAAGAAGUGGAUGAUGUGCUUGGUGGAGCAGCUGCCUGGGAGAAUGUUGACUCUACUGCAGAGCCAUGUCCCAAAUGUGAACAUCCCCGAGCCUAUUUCAUGCAGCUUCAGACCCGCUCUGCAGAUGAGCCCAUGACCACCUUCUACAAGUGCUGCAAUGCUCAGUGCGGACACCGCUGGAGGGACUAGAGCCAGGCUGGCCCAGCUGUGUUAGUGGUUGUUUGCCUUGUUCCCCAGAGUGGAUUCCUAGCUGGGAGCAAGCACUGUGUAUCCUGAGGGUCUUUGCUGGUGUGGUGGAAAGCUAACGUUUUUAGGGUUGUUCACCAGGGUGUCAGGAAAUGGAUAGCUCACCUGCCAGUCAGUGGAUGAACUCGUUAAUGUCCAGGGAGAUUUUGUGUGUGGAUUUAUCCACAACUAAGUAGACUCUCUGUUUAAGAUCCUGCUCAUUCAUCCUUUAUAUUUAUUGGACAAUUGACAUUCUUUUACUGUCAACCAAUCUUAAAUAUUUACAUUGUUUGCAUAACUAAUAUAGUAAACUUAUUAAUUUAGUACAUUAGUUGUUCCUAAAUAUUUAACUGUUAAUUGCAAACUUAUUUAAUCAAAAUUUAUUCUGAAUGAUAAUUAAAGUGAAAAA